GCCAAGCUGGCGAACACGGAAUCGUCCCUGCGGGAGAAAGCCAAGGAUUUCGGGACCGUGCGCCGCUCCUACGAAUCCAUCGCCCGGCACAACGAGGCGGAAUCGUCGCGGCUGGAGCGGCAGGUGCGUUGGGAAUUCGAGAAGCUGCACAAAUUCCUGCGGGAAGAGGCGCGGCGGAAGCAGGAGCUGAUCCAGGGGAAGACGGAGCAGCUGGCGGAGGAGAGCCGAUCCCUGCUCCAGGAGGCCGGGCAGCUCCAGGUGGAUCUCAAGGAAGGCGACUGCACGUUCCUGAUGGCCCACAAGAACCGCAAGCGGAGGAUCGCCUGCACGGCCGAGGAGCCGGAAGCCGUUCCCUCGGGAAUGCUGCUGGACGUGGCCAAGUACCUGGGAUCGCUCCAGUACAACGUGUGGAAGAAGAUGUUGGACACCAUCACGGCGGUCCCGUUCAGCCUGGAUCCCAACUCGGCCGCCGGAUGGCUGGAAGUAUCCGAGGACCUCUCCAGCGUCACCAACCGCAGCUACAAACUCUCCGUGGAAAACCCGGAGCGCUUCACCUCCGCCCCUUGCAUCCUGGGAUCCCGCGGCUUCUCCGAAGGCUUCCACACCUGGGAGGCGGACCUGGGCGGGCUGACCAACUGGAGGGUGGGCGUCUCCCGGCCCCGGCGAGAUUCCCACCGGAAUUUCCACCGCGAUUCCCGCUCCGGCUUCUGGUACAUCUACCACCUUCCCGGGAAAGAGGAGUGCCGGGCGUCCAACGCCGCGCGCUCGGAAGCGGCGCCGGGAAAGCUCCGGAGGGUCCGGGUGGAGCCGGACUGCGCCGAGGGGGAAUUGUCCUCCUACGACGCCGACCUCCGCAGCCACGUCUACACGUUCCACGAGAAGUUCGGCGGGAUCCUCUUCCCGUGUUUCUACGUGGGAGGGCCCCAGGGGGACGCCGAGGCCGGGACGCUCCGGAUUUGCCCGCUCCGGGUCCGUAUCCAUGAGGAUAUCCCGGAUUAGGGGGUGUCUCCUCGUCUCC